AUGAAUGUAACAAGAAUUCUUUUAAAUAGUCAAAAGGUAUUAAAAAGAAAUGUAGAAUUUAGGGAAAUAUUUACCCCCCGAUGGUUUCUGGAAUCACCCAAUUAUAGCCGUAUGCCACUAUGGAGAAGAUUUUUUGAAGGUCAAUAUACAAACGGUUCCUUUUUAUUUUUUGGUAAUGCUUGGACAUCUAUGUUUGCUUUUGCAUUUAUGUUAUGGUUUUCAAGAAUAUUCGAUCCACCACCCUUAGAAAGAGUUGACAAAUAUUGGCUGAAUUCACCCAAAUUUAGAAUAUUAUCUGCUUUUUAUAAUGAAGGGAAAAGACCAGGUGUGAAAAUUUCUUUGAUGACUUAUGAAGCAAGAUAUUUUUACAGAGGUAUUGAUCAUCCAUUUACUAUUAAUGAAAUAAAAGAUUUAUGGUUUAAAUUGAGAGAAAACUAUGUAAUUGAAAGCAUACCGGCAAUUCAGUAUCCGCAUGUUUUUAGGCAGUAUAACAAUGUUUCUACCCCAGCAGAUUUGCAUGUUCAUCUUCAUUGA